AUGGCAGCAGCAGCAUUCAUUACGUCUAAAUUAAAGUCGACCCAUCAUAUCCAGCUCGUUCAUCUAUGGAAUGUUGUCAUGGGCAUCAUUCUAUUUGGCCUCAAUAUCGGCGUGGCAGUAAAAAUCCGCUCGUUUAUUUCCAAUGGCUCAGAGAUGGCAGGCUUCGGAAACUACAAUGUUUUCGCGUAUCCGGCAACUUACGUCUACAUGCUUAUCCCUUCAAUUUGCUCGCUCGUAUACAGCAUCAUUUUAGCCUUGGAUCCCAGCCCAUCGUAUCCAGCCUGGCGACCAUCGAAAACAUUUCUCAGCAGCGUGGCAUUGCUUGCAGGUGCCUUGUUUUUUGCUUCACUUUUCCCGGUGUUACCGGGCGCCGACAUGAUCACUCGUCCAGAUUCAGCAAUGGCUUGUACUUGGGCCGACUUUAUGGAGUGGCGUACCAUCUACAACAACGUCGACAUCUACCCUUGGGUAGGUAACAUGGAUGCUGCCUGUCAGACACUUCAUGCCGCUGAUGCGUUUUGCUGGAUCAUCACCAUUGGAUGGUUUGUGCUACUUGGUCUCUACUUGCGACGGAUGAGACAGCUCAGAUCCAGCACAGAAGCAACACACAAUGCCAGCGACGUUAAAACGUAUAACCAACAUCAACAGCCAUCUUCUACCGCUUCCCCUAGCUGGCCUAUGGAGGAAAUCAAGACGACGACAGACACCAAAACUGAAGUACAAUCAUAA